CCGUUGCGCAUCCGAACCUCUUUCAAAACCCCCCUUCUUUUCCCUCCCGACCGACACUGACCGCAGACCACGCUCUCUUUCUCGCUUUCUCUCCGUCCACCAUUUUGAGGGGAUUCGUCUCCCUAUCUUUGCGAAACUCUUCGGAGCCCCUCCAGAAGGGGAGAGGAGACUUGGAGCGAGGAAGAGGAGGAGAAAAAUCGGUCCUUUUUUUCCUCGAAGUCUUUCUUCUCGGUCUUCCAUGGAAGGCGGCGGCCUUCGGAGCGCGGCCGUGAACAGCAACGGAAGCGGCAUCGUUGGAUGGCAGGAAUGAAUCAUAGAUGGGAGAAGAAUCACAAGGUGGGUUUGAUGGGGACCGCAAUUAGGAGGAAUAGGCUCUCCGACAUCACGAACACCGUGAGUUCGGCGAGGCCUGGCGAACCCAGCAUGGAAGGCGAUCAAGAAAAUUCCAAUGUGGUGCCUUGUCCCAGCACCAAGGGCUACGUUGCCCAGCUGAUGAAGGAGAAUACUGCUCUUUUGAAGCUUGUUGGGGAGAGAAAUAAAAUCAUAGAAAUGACCAGCAUUGAGAUGCAGAGGCUUCGAUUUGAAUUGCAGAAACUUAGACAGCAGAAUUGGCAGUUAGCUCAGGCCAACUCUCAGAUGCAAGCGGAGCUCAACUUAGGCAAAGACAGACUAAAAGCAUUGCAACAUGAACUUAGAUGCAUGAAAGCUGUCCUUAAAGUAAAGAGUUUAGAAGUUGAGGAGAAGGAGAAAUUAAACCAAAAAAUGUGUGAGAAUAUUGGAUGCGAGGAGGGACACAAGAAGUGUGCUGAGGUUGCAGUGGAUGCAUCUCAUCAAGCUAAUGACAUGAAGAUGUGCAAUGCCAACAGAAAGCGCACAUCAAAAGAACGUACUCAGGGCUCUACUGCUAUGACCCAUGAAGAAGUAGCACCAAAAGAAAAGGUUGAGAGAAGAAAGUCUUUAAGAAGGAGAUCUGGUAACUUGAAAUCUGAAUCAUGCGAACCAAUGGUGGACUUGAUCAAGAUAGAGGAUGCCAAAGAAGUUCAGUCACUUGUUGGUGAACCCUUGCAUGAGGACACCUCUCUUCAUGAAGAAGUAGCACCAAAAGAGAAGGUUGAGAGAAGAAAGUCUUUAAGAAGGAGAUCUGGUAACUUGAAAUCUGAAUCAUGCGAACCAAUGGUGGACUUGAUCAAGAUAGAGGAUGCCAAAGUAGUUCACUCACUUGUUCGUGAACCCUUGCAUGAGGACACUGCUGUUCAUCCUGACAUUCCAGCUCCUUCCUGUUCAGAUGCUUCUAUGAAACAGGGAAAGAAUGAGGAGCAGAAUGGUAGGAGUGACUCCUCACAGUCUUGCAAUCAAGAGGUGCGGAGAUCUUCGGUUGGAAGGCCAUUACGCAAGGCAGCUGAGAAGGUCACUUCUUACAAGGAAAGACCUAUCCAUGUCAAAUUGCGAAGAGUUGAGUGACUGCUCGUGGAUCCUACCACCAUGACUGGCAUUCAGAUGAUGCCUACUGAGGGCGCACAUUCUGUGAUGCACACUGGUGUUAAUUGUAUCGCUGCACUGCAAGCUUAGUUCCUGAAAGUCGAUUCUUUGGAGCUUUUUCUUUCUCAUCAUUAGUGGGUGAUGUACCAGAGUGAUGGAAACUUUAUGUUUGUUUGCUUUGCAGCCAUAUUUUCCCACUCCAAUCAUCUGGUGAAUUUGAUAAAUUCAGUCUAAGUUUUAUUC